UUUUAAGUUCUGUAUUCUGUAUGGUUGGUGCCACUGAUUUAACGCUGUCAAAAAUGAGAUAACCUCACUUAAACAAUGCCGAAACGAAAAGUAGCUUUUAUUCACCCUGAUUUGGGAAUAGGGGGUGCGGAACGGUUAGUUUUAGACGUCGCGAGUGCCUUAUCUAAACAAGGAAACGAAAUAAUUCUUCUAACCAACCAUUUCGACAAAAACCACGCUUUUGAGGAGCUCAAGAAUGGGGAGUUCCCCGUUCAAGUGUACGGCGACUGGCUUCCGAGACACCUCUUCGGAAGGUUCCAAGCACUGUGCGCUUACAUCAGAAUGAUUUAUUUAACACUAGUCUACGCAAUUUUCUACCGUACCACUCAAAAGCCUGACGUGUACUUUGUGGACUUAAUCCCUAUGGCUGUGCCAAUUUUGAAAUUAUUCGGCGAAAAAGUUAUCUAUUAUUGUCACCACCCGGACUUGCUCGCCAGUGCGCCAGGGGGGGCCUUAAAAAAUUUCUACAGGAAGCCCAUAAACUGGUUGGAGUUAAAGUCCACAGCUCGGGCUGAUAUCAUUCUAGUGAAUAGUGAGUACACGGCUUCGGUCUUCCGGGAGACUUUCCCCCAAAUCACAAAGACUGUACAAGUGGUGUACCCCACAGUGGCCUCCUCGUUCUUAGAAGCCGUCAAAAACACCAAAAACCCCAGACCAAUCCACCAAAUAAUCCCAGAAAUACCCCAAAACGCCGCCUGUGUCUUCCUCUCCAUCAACCGCUUCCAUCCCGCCAAGAAACUGGACUUGGCCAUCAAUGCGAUGGAAAUUUUGCAAAGAAUCACCUCGGAAAAUGAACGUAAAGGCAUUUUCUUGGUUAUGGCCGGGGGCUACGACCCCCAAUCGUCCAUAAACGCCAGUUAUUUCACCGACUUGGAGAAACUCGUCGCUGAGAAGGGGCUCCAAGACAAGAUUAUUUUCCUCAAGUCGCCCCCCGAUGACGUCAAGACGGAACUUCUGAUGGCGUGUGACUGCCUCGUUUACACGCCCGUGAAGGAGCACUUCGGCAUUGUCCCCCUCGAGGCAAUGACGGUGGCUAAGCCCGUCAUUGCGUGCAACAGUGGGGGCCCCCGAGAGACAGUCGACCACGGAAACACGGGCUAUUUAUGCGAACCGACCCCCGACAGUUUAGCGCAAUUCAUGUACAGGAUAUUCAAGUCGGAUAACAAGGCAAUGGGGCUCAAGGGGCGCAAAGUGUUGCAGGAGAAAUUCUCAAAUGAGAGUUUUGCAAGGAAUUUGAAGAAAAUCCUUGAUCACACUAGUGUAAAUAAGAAGUUUAUUUAAAUAAAUAUUUUACUUAGUCCAAGA